AUGCCAUUUAUUUAGUUUUGCUUUACAGCUCCUUAAUACUAAAUGCAAAUUUCGUUUUGCAUUCUACCUAUGAAGAAUUUAAUAAUAAAAUAAUUUCAUUAGCCAAUACUAAUUGGAAUUGUGAUAACAUUAACACUAAACCAACUAAAAUACUUAGUUGUAGUAAAAGGGUAAUUUAGUAGCUUUAGAAAAUAUCAAAUAUAUGUCAUUAAAUUUAAAAGACUGUUAAUACAAAAUUACAUAGUCAACAGAAAAUAAUCACCUAAAUUUAAUUAAAUUUGCUGUAAUUUUACAUUGAUAUUUAAGGGAAUAGAUCUUUGGAUGAUUGAUGAUGAAUGUAUAAAUGUUUAUGUAACUGGUCAAUAAAGCCCUUUUAAGAAAUGCCUCUAUCCAAAAAGUAAUCAUGCUUUUGGAAAAUCAGUCAACUGUGAAAAUAAUAUUAAUGAAAAUUAUUAGCUACGUUUAACAGAAAUUAUUUAAACAACAUCCUAAUCUGAAAAUAUUUAAAUUAAAAUAUGGAGUAAUGCUAAUGAAGAUCUUAAUAAUGAAUCAUAUUCAUUCAGCAAUAUCUAAUUAUUUAUAAAUAGAUGUUAUAAGACUUGCAAGACUUGUUCAGGGGAAAGAGAGAAUUAAUGUUUAAGUUGUUAUCCUGGAAUAUUUUUGAGUAAUACUUACACAUGCAAUUCUUGUAAAGAGUUACUAAACUAAUAAUUUCUUCAUAGACCUGAAGGUUGUAAAAAUAAAUUUGAAGAAGAUUAUGGAUUUGAUCAAGAUUUAGUAUGUAAUGAAGAUAUAUGUAAGAUUAAUAUUUAUUUUUGAGAUGUUUAAAAAUCUUGUUAAGAAAAUUGUUAAUUAUAUACGAAUACAUAAUAAUGUUUAUUAUGUAAUGAAAAGUAUCUCCAUUUAGGAAAAUGUAUAAAUAAAUGCCCAUUUUUCCAAAGGUAGAAGGAGCAAAUUGUUUGAAUAGCAUUGAUAUACUGAAAAAAUAAAAUUUAAGAAUUAUAGAAUUAAUGAAAGAAUUUCAUGAUCUAUCAACAACUAAUAAUUAAAUAUUGAAAUUAUUUAUUACCUGGAAGUUUAAAUAUAAAUUUUUUAAAAGGUAAUUAAAUUUAUUUCAGCUACUUAUGAAAUAAAAGAAUAUUUGGAGGACCAUUUGUUUGGGUAGAUGCUAAAUUUAAAUUUACUUACAAAUGGACAUAAGAAUUCAAGUAUAUUAGAAUAUUUUUUGA